UGAAAGUAAUGUUAGGGAUACGAUAGGCAGACAAUUAUUAAACGUCCAUGCUGAAAGCGAGAGGAGUGUUGACUGGAGAUAUCAACAGCCUGUUCGCGAAAUGUUAAAUUAGAUUUGAGGCGGAUGAUUUGAAAGUCGUGGAUGUAAUGCCGUGUAAAAUAGUAUUGCAAUGUACCACAGCCCGAGUAUGAGUAACAAUUACUCCGAUGUGGAUUAUUGUGGAAAGUUGCCGUUUUACGUCUCGGAUAUCAACAAUAUAUGAAGUUAUUUGUAGUGGACAUUACCUUCAGUCAUGUGUACCGCUGAGAUGUGGAUAGGAUGGGCAAAGAGAAGACUUUAGCAACUCACGAUCUAAAGAACGGGGACUGACUUUUAUAAUACAUACUGUUUGGCUCUUUGUAUUCGGAUAACACCGUCUUCUAACGUUGAACGGGUUUUAACUGCAAGGAAGAAUGUGGAAACUCUGGCAGUUUACCCGCCACACAUCUCUCUUAGUUUACAUAUUCUUGGAAAUAUUCAUUUACAGCGUCAAAGGUUAUAAUGUUUGCAUGAGCGGUAGCGCCACGUCUUGUGAAGAAUGUCUCCUCAUUCACCCGAGCUGCGCCUGGUGUGCACAAGAGGACUUUGGACAGACAAGAACGCUCACGUCACGAUGUGACUUUAGCCAGAAUUUACUAAAAAGUGGCUGUGAUUCACCUUUUAUCGAAAAUCCAAGGAGUGGCGUCUCUCUCAUGAGGAACAAACCCCUGAGCUCCAAAGGUCCUGGGUUGACCCAGUAUGAUGUCAUCCAGAUAUACCCACAGAAGAUCUUGCUCAGCCUAAGACCUGAUGACCUGAUCUCAUUUGAGGUACAGGUUCGUCCAGUUGAAGACUAUCCUGUUGAUUUGUACUAUCUGAUGGACCUCUCGCUCUCAAUGAAGGAUGAUCUAGACACAAUCCGUAACCUGGGCACCAAAUUGGCUGAGGAAAUGAGGAAACUCACAAGUAACUUCCGCCUUGGAUUUGGCUCUUUUGUGGAUAAGAACAUAUCACCCUUCUCCUACACAGCCCCCAAGUACCAGGACAACCCUUGCAAUGGAUAUAAGUUGUUCCCAAAUUGUGUCCCAACAUUUGGGUUCCGUCACCUCUUGUCUCUUACGGACAAAGUCGAUCGCUUCAACGAAGAGGUGCUAAAGCAGAUGGUGUCACGUAACAGGGAUGCACCAGAGGGGGGGUUUGAUGCCAUUCUGCAGGCUGCAGUGUGCAAGGAGAGGAUUGGCUGGAGGAAGGAGGCCUAUCAUCUUCUGGUGUUUGCCACGGAUGACGUCCCACACUUUGCUUUGGACGGCAAGCUCGGUGGACUAGUGCACCCUCAUGAUGGACAAUGUCACCUGAAUGACAAAAAUGAGUACAGUGCUUCAAACAAGAUGGACUACCCUUCACUAGCUCUACUUGGAGAGAAACUGGCUGAAAACAACAUUUUCCUCAUCUUUGCAGUGACCAAAAGGCACUAUGUUCUUUAUAAGAACCUCACUGCAUUGAUUCCUGGGACUACUGUGGAGAUUUUGGACCAAGACUCCAAAAAUAUUAUUCAGCUAAUUGUCAAUGCAUACAACAACAUCAGGUCGAAAGUUGAGCUAAACGUGUGGGAUCACCCUGAAGAUCUCAGCCUGACCUUCACUGCCACCUGCCAAGAUGGCCAGCCCCUGACUGGCCUCAGCAAGUGUGCUGACCUCAAAAUUGGUGACACUGUCUCCUUCAACAUAACGGUGGACACUCGAGGAUGCCCUCCAAAAGGUACCAGGAAGAGUUUUACCAUCAGGCCAGUUGGCUUCAAAGACCAUCUAGAGGUUUCCGUGGAGUAUCGCUGUGAUUGUGGCUGCACGCAAUACACAAAGGCCAGCAGUAGCCUCUGCAAUUCUGCCGGCACCCACAGCUGUGGGAUGUGCCGCUGUAAGCCUGGCUACCUGGGAGCCCGCUGUGAAUGUGAGGAGGGCGAGGUGGACCACCAGCAUAUCAGUGUCUGCAGAGAGGCCGAGGGUAAGCAGCUGUGCAGCGGCCGCGGAGAAUGCAGCUGCAACCAGUGUCUGUGCUACGAGUCAGAAUUUGGCAAAAUCUAUGGUCCCUUCUGCGAAUGUGACGACUUCUCCUGUGCCCGGCACAAGGGUGUACUUUGCUCAAGUCAUGGGGAAUGCCAUUGUGGUGAGUGUAAAUGCCAUGCUGGUUAUAUUGGAGACAACUGUAAUUGCUCUACAGAGACGGCUUCCUGUGUGUCAGACGCUGGCAAGAUCUGUAGUGGGCGGGGCAAUUGUGUGUGUGCACAGUGCCAGUGCACAGAGCCAGGGGCAUUUGGGGACACCUGUGAGAAAUGCCCAACCUGUCCAGAUGCCUGUGGGACAAAGAGGGAAUGCAUCGAGUGCCGUCUCUUCAACACGGGGAGACUCGCCGAUAACCAGACCUGUCAGCGCAUGUGCAAGGAUGAGAUCAUCACCGUGGAAACCCUUAAAACGGAUGAUCCUAACACUGUUCAGUGCAUCUAUAAGACAGAGAAUGACUGUGUGAUGAAGUUCACAUAUUCUGAACAUGCCAAUGGCCAGUCUGUCCUAAAUGCUCUUAAAGAUCCAGAGUGUGUCGUUGCCCCUAAUGCCUCAACGGUGCUCCUGGUAGUUGUUUGCAGCAUCUUGUCGAUUGGUAUCAUGUUGUUAGCCCUCUGGAAACUGGUUAUAACCAUCAAAGACCGCCGCGAGUUUGCCCGCUUCCAAAGUGCACGUUCGCGGGCACGAUAUGAGAUGGCAUCUAAUCCUGUUUAUAAGAAGUCCAUCACCUCUCCCCCAAUGGAGACAGUUUUCCAUAUGCAUACCAAGUCAUGCAACGGAGGAGCCCACUGAUUAACCUACAGUUGGACUUGGGGACAUGGCAGGACCUGUCCAGUUGUGCACAACAAGGGAGAACCAGGAUGGACAUUUUUGGGCAAUCUUCUUUUUUGUGGGUGUUUCUUGAGGAUUGGAACCGAUCAUUAUGCAGAUCAGUAAUGAAAGUUAAUUACUGAGCAGAACUAGGACACAUGGUGAAUUUAACUGGCACUGGAUGAGCUGAAAUAGUUAGAUGUAUUACAAAUAUGGGUGUUGGACAUUCAUCAUGCUUGAAUUUAAUUCUUAAUUUUCUUCAGUUGUAACCAUACCUCUUCCACAUUAUGAGGGAUUCACUGUGCAUUGUGUUGUAUGGGCAAUUCUCAAGUGUAUGUAUAUUUUUAUCAGUCUGCCUUUUCCAACCAUUACACAUUUUAAGUCAAUUCAACUUGUUUACUAUAGACCGGUGCCAUAAAGUGUGCACAGAACACAAAAAAUGCUAAAUUAUACAUACAUACAUACAUACAUACAUACAUUCUUUGAAGAAGAGGUUACUAACCUAACCAGAGCAAUAAUUUUCUUAACUCUUGUUUUGCACAUUGGGUAUUAGGUUGAGGUUUAUAAAGUAAAAAUAAAAUAAAAAAUGGCACUCUAGAA